AUGGAUUUGCGCACGAUCAUGAACACCGACGGCGGCGCCUCCAAUCCUCCACCUAACAACUCGGCCAGUUCUCCCAUAUCUGAUCAAACCCCUCAAAAGCGCUCGAAGAAGUCCGCUUCUUACUCAGAAUACCCUACACGUCCACCUCAGCCCUUGCAACAUCCACAGCACGCUUCCCCAGAGCGAAGCUCACCUUACGCAUCUGUUCAAUCGCCAUACCAACAAUUCAACUCGGGUCCACCGAUUAAUACAGCGGUCAGGUCUCAGCGGAGUCAGACACCUCCACACGUUUCAACAUCGUAUGGUCCCGGUACGCGUGAUCCAUUUGGCGCGCAAGCAUACGGGUCGCAUCCCCAACAACCCGGUCCUCUAGUUUCGCCAUACACACCACAGCCGAUAAGUGCAGGGCCGCAGCACCCAGAACAACAGUCUUAUUUCGCCCAACAGCGUUCUCAACAGCGUUCUCAAUCACUUCAAUCUGUGAUGACAACACCCCGAGCUCCGGUCGAAUCUUUUCGCAGCCCUCCUGUUGCAUCGCAACCUCUUCCAUCGCAACCUCUUCCAUCCCAACACUUCUCUCCUACUGCACACCGAUCUGUUCCCGGAACCCCCCUAGGUCCUCCUCCUGCCUUUGCCACCCGCCAGUCGCCAUCAACUGCCCGCCCGCCGUCCUCCGGACACGAUUCCCCCGGCAAUCCUCUUUCCAGCCCGCGGCCCACACAGGAGGCCCCUAUUCGAGAUCAGGUUCCAACGAAGUCACCCGUCACUCAGCGACAGUUCUCUCCGCAUAGUUCUCAUCCCUCCGAGUCGACUCAACUCCCGUCGAGCGGCUUAAAGCAAGAGACAACCGAGAGCGCCAGUCCCCAAUCUAUCUCUCGUCACAAUAACAUCGUCACGGUCUCUGAGUCGGCGACUGCUGGUCAAAUUCGAUCUUCCGAAGACCGAAUGCUGGCUGAGAGCCCCACUGCACAAAAGCCCACUGCGGAUUCUCUAGCUUCCCCAUUGGCAUCAGGCCGUCAAAUGAACAGUUCACCUUCCGGCGCUCGUGGAGGCGCUCAUGCUAUGGGUAUGGAAGUCGACCACGAACCACACGUCGACGCACAGCAGCCCAAGCAAAAAAGAAGGAGAUACAACGAGCCCCCGAUUUAUGCUCGGCUGACGCCCCGCAAUACAAGCAGACGCCCGAUUAUUCCUAAUCCCCGUGCCCCAAUUCCAAAACAUGCGCGACAGAGCCAGCAGGAUCUCUCCUGGGCUGCUCGCAGGCGCUCUACCUCGACAAUGGCAGUCACAUCCGCGGCCACGCGGGUCACACGAGCACCUGCUGUUGCUUCGCCAAGCACAAGUAUGCCUCGUGUGCAAGCUCCUCCAGUUCCGCCUGCUCCCUUACUUCGUCCGCCGAGUACUUCGCAGGCGGUAGGCUCACUGGGCCCUUGGGAGCCGUCCAUUACUGGGUUUAUUCCACACGAGGAGAUUACAAAAACCAUUUGUGAUUUCUUGUUUCAGCAUGUGGUUAUGAGAAACGAUGUGAAUGCCGGAUCAACAGGCUCGGCUGCCGGCCAAGGGACCAUCGUCGAGAUUGAGGCGAAAUUGGGCCAUAUCAUCGACAUGGACAGUAGAGACCGGAUCAACCUUCCAAUUUUGACAGAGAGCGUCCUCAACCGGGAAAAUUCACGGUUUCGAACAUCAUUCGAGAGCAAUAUGACUGUGGAACAACACCGAGCCAUGAACAAUUUCCUGAAUGAGGCUGUGAAAGCGUCAAUGCCGCAGCCCAACUCGUCCCGAAUCCCACUUGCAUACGUGCACAAGAAAGAACGCGACACCUUCUAUGAGAUUCAAGCAUCUGAGUUGCCCCCGGUGAUUCGUCAAAACUUGAACCCAAGACACAAACCCAAAGUCCGGGUGACAACCGACGAACGAACCGGUGAAAUUCUCGCGAAAAUUGUCAAAUGUCGAGUUGCUGACGUAGACGUCUGCAGUCCACGGACGACUGUGGACUGGCGCGUCAGUGUCAAUCUGGAAAUGGAAUACACAGGCGACGUCAGCAGUCUCCCAGUGAUAGAUACGGCAGUUAUCAAAGGCGGCCGAGGCGAUCGCAUCAAAGAUCGCAUGAGCUACCGCCACUUGGCCUACCAGGUUGACUUGACCCAAGUAGCGAAGUCCGAUCAACAACCGGGCAAGCAUGAGUUCGAUCACGAGCUUGAAGUUGAAGUCUCGGCUGAGGAAAUCCGUCGCCAGGGACAGCUUGCUAUGUCGGGCGAUCCUAAGAAUCAGUACGAGGACCUCGUCAAGGGCUUUGUGGAUAAUAUCCGUCUGCUCGCUCGAGCGGUCCCGCCAUGA